ACGGUACAAGGUAAGCUUCUGGGUCGCCCUUGCCUCCCCUCCACGGCUCCACCUCUCUUCUCUCUCUGUCUCUCAGGGCAUUGAUUUGUGAAAAUGAAUAGCGCCAUGAAAGCAGCGCUUAUAAGCUCGAAAGCCAGCUGCUUUCAUUUGAGGGCAGCUCUUUUUCAUUCUACUCCUGUUCUUGAACGUAAAAGACGCAAUUACUGGGAAUCUAGAUCCAACAUUUAUUCCAAAAGGUUUAGAAAGAAUACAAAAAAACAAACAUUAUUGCGGAACGUCAGUGAUUAUGCAGACUUCCUGUUUCAGAGCUGGGAGGAUGAGGAUGAUAAGGAUGAGCCAUCUUCAAGUAGAGGCCCCUCAUGGUUUAAAAGGCAAUUCUCUGCUAAGGGUUCCAAAAGGGACUCGACUGGCGGUCAGGGACCCAGACGUUGGGGCAGAAGAGGUUUCCAGUUUUGUGAAGAGGAUGAUGUCGAUGUUGAGACCAUUUUCCGAAAAGCAUUUGGUGGGAAUCAAUUCUUCUAUUGGUCCUUCAUUAAUGAAGAGAAUCCUCAAUGGAGGAGGAGCUCAUCAAGCUACAAUUACCAUGGGAAGUCCUGGAAUUGGCGACAUCGGAAUGAAGAAACGUAUGAUUCUUCAUCUGAGUCAGAGUUUUCUGAGUCAGAUAUGGUUUCAGACAGGCUGGCCCUUGGAUUAAAUGCUUCUGGUCCUCUAAAACUUGAAGAUGUUAAACAUGCAUAUCGAGCCUGUGCACUAAAAUGGCACCCGGAUCGUCAUCAGGGCUCUUCCAAGGCUGUUGCGGAGGAAAAGUUCAAGCUUUGCAGCGCAGCAUAUCAAUCUAUAUGUGAUAAGCUGGCCUUGAUUUAAGCAUGCUUCAAUGCCUGCGUUCUUGGUAAACAGUCAGCCAAAGGAUGCCAAUCUGGUAGCUGUGAUUAUUUUUUUUAUUUUCAGAAGACAGAGUUGGAGUAGCCACUAUGGUUUCUUCCCAGGGGCAUAGUCGUUAGUCUGCAAUAGCUAUGAUGGCAUUGGCUUGUGAUUCAGCGUUGCCAGAAGUAUUAAUUCAUGUUCUUAAUUUAUAUCUUUACAAGGAUGUAAUCUAUCCCCUUUUUUGUGCUGUAACUUGUAUAUUUGCUUUAAGCUUGAAGGCAUCAAUAAUUCAUUUAGGAGAAUAAAAUUGAUUAUUUACAGUUAUAUUCAAAGCA